AUACAUGCUUGCAAACAAAGCCGCGGUGUGCCUCUGUAAGAAGUGCAGCCCAGCGAUCCCAGCUCAAAGAGUCAGGACUACAAGCCAAGAUCACUACUCCCAACCACUUCCAACACCCCAAGUGCUUCCAAAUCCCAGGCUCCGAUCCCCUUGCGGCGUGCCUGCAUCUCUGAGGGAGCAAGCGAGACUGCCACUUCGCAUCCAUCCUCCUCCAGGCGGCGAGGAUGUCGGUGGCGGUGUGCCGCGGCCCGGCUGUGCCGACGUUCGAGGCGCCCAGCUGGCUGCGCCCUGUCGAGCCGUACAAGCAGCCGGAGGCCGUCGUCGACGACCGGCCUAAGCAGGCGGACAUAUGGAACGCCAUCCAGGCUGACGUCAACAGGGCGGCCGCCGGCGCCGACAAGGCAUCGUCCAAGCCGUACGUGCACCCGCUCGUGCGCCGGUCGUCGAGCCUGAUGAGCCAGAAGAGCCUCGAGGUCUGCACCGAGAGCCUCGGCAACGAGACCGGCUCCGGCGACUUCACGUCGUCCCUGGACCUGGCCUGCCUGCUCGACUCGGAGCUGCCGGCGGCGGCGGCUGCUGCCCCGGCGGAGGAGUCCUUCUGGCAGCACGCCGCCGCCGCCAACCGCGGCUGCGAGGAGGACGAGGAGGAGCAGUGGGAAGGGAACAAGGACCUCGCCGCGGUGAACUACCACUGCUCGGCCGGGACGCGGUCGCCGCGCCGCGCGUUCCCGCCGCCGCUGCCCUCCAUGUCGCGCCGCGACGGCCCGUGCUUGCGGAUGCGCCCGCGCCGCGAGGACGGGCGCCUCGUGGUCGAUGCCGUGGCGGUGAGGCCGCGCGGGUACCUCCACGCGAGGCGCCAGGGCGGCCGCCUCCGCCUCUCCUUGGUCGAGUGCUGCGCGCGCGACCAGAGCGAGGAGACCAAGAUCACCGCGGCGGCGGCGGAGGCGCCGUACUUCCCGACCAUGGAGCCCCGGAACGUGCAGGAGGCAGAGUCGGAGGUGGAGAUGGAAGAGGAGGACGAGGCUGACGAGGAGGAGGUGGAGGUGGUGGACAGGGGCACCGUCGUGGAGGUCAAGGUGAGCUCGCAGCCGCAGACGCCCGCCGCCGCCAAGGUGCACCGCUCGACGCUCGUGAUCAACAAGUUCGUCGGCAGCACGCCGCUGUCCGUGGACCACCAACCCCGGUGCCACGCCGACACGGCAGCGGAGCCCGAGGCGGAAGCCAGCGACGACGAGGAGGCGGCGGCGGCGCAGUCACCACGGCCGAGCCUACGCCGGGUGCCGUCGUCCACGACGACGCUGGCGGCCGCGGUCGCCGUGGCCUCGACGGGGACCGACGUCGUCCCGCCGGCUCCGGAGGACGAGGACGGGUGCGGCGGCGUGCACCUCUCCGCCUCCGCCGCCGCCGACGCCGAGCCCAAGCAGCUCCUGCUGUUCACGUCGCGGCGGGGGGACAAGCAGGACCUGCUGCAGAGCGUGCGGCGGUGCCGGCAGCUGCGGCAGAAGCCGCUCUUCAUCCUGGAGCCCUACUGCAUUGCCACCUCCUGAACAACAAAGCCGUCGGUGACACACACACGCCGCUGCGCUCGCGACAGUCCGGUCGUCGCGUCGCCAUUGCUAGCCCUAAAUUAAUCACUAGCAAAUCAAGCACGGUCCUGAUUAGCCCCCCCAUUAUAAUAACCUCGUCCAUCCGUCGCCGUCACAGUGGCUGCUGCAUGCUGGGCAUUUUUUUUUUGCGACACAUCCUUCCCAUGUGUUGCUUGGUGUUCUUCCUUUUUGGGACUGGUCGUGCUGCAUCGACCGGUCGCCCCCCUUUGGUCCCUUGCGUGCAGUGGCCUCUCGUGCGCUAGUAGCUUGCUGCCUCCUUAUUAUUUGCGGUGUGAUUUGAGUAAGUAAUUUGUCAAUGGAUUAACAGAUUUGCUGUAUAAGCACAACCCUUUAGUGUUUCCCUAUGGAUUUAUUA